AAGUAAAUACAAUUCUCCAAUCCACAAGAAAAUAAAAAUCAUGGCGAUUUCAAAGAAUGAUUCCACGGCAAAGACUACCGGUUCAUCCGCUUCAUCUCUUCAUCCACCAUAUUUACAGAUGAUAAGCGAAGCAAUUACCGCAAUAAAGGAUCGUACCGGUUCGAGCCAACCUGCAAUCGCGAAAUUCAUCGAGGAAAACUACGAAAAAUUGCUUCCCACAACUUUCAGGAAAAUUCUCUCGAUUCAAUUGAAAAGGUUCGUGAAAUCUGAGAAGCUAGUUAAAAUUAAAAACUCCUACAAAAUUCCUACUGUUGAGAAGGUCAAAAGAUCCUCCAAUCCUUCUUCAACUGAAGCAGCUGUGAAAAUUACCGAUAAAAAGGCGAAAGCUGCAAAAAAAACAGUGGAGAAAGCGAAGAAGACGAAGAGAUUGAGCCAGGUUAAAACGCCGGAGGGUUUGAAGAAGGUCAAAAUGACGUCGAAAAGAGGAUCUGCUGGUGUAGAGAAAAUGAAGAAGAGCAAGGCUGCAACUCCGGUAAAGAGGAAGCAGGGUCCUAAUUCACUGAAAUCGGGUUUAAGAUCUGCGAAGAAAGCUAAAAAAUAAUUGAAGUGCAAUUUAUGAAUUGGGAAUUGUUUUUUUUUUUAAACUAAGAUUUGUUUGUUCAGUUAUGCAAUUUUCUUGCUUUUAUGAACUCGUGUUUCAAUCUGUUGUGUGUAUGAACUCAUGUUUAAUGAGAAUUACUUGAUUAAAUAUGUUG